GAUCACAGGUCAACGAUGCUGUUUACCGGACGCUCUGCGUUGAAAAAGGUUCAACGGUACCGGAGCAGUGUUGUGGGAUAGAAUGUCGAUCCCCACUCUCCUGGUUUUGUACGGCAGUCAGACAGGCACAGCCCAGGACACUGCCGAGCGAGUCGGACGUCAGGCCCAGAGGAGGCGGAUGGGAGUACGCAUGCAUGCUCUGGACACUUACAAUGUGGCGAACCUGAUAUCGGAGUCUCUCGUGGUGUUUGUUUGUUCCACCACAGGGCAGGGUGACCCUCCAGAUAAUAUGAAGAACUUCUGGAGGUUUCUGUUCAGAAAGUCUCUGCCCGCCGGUUCUCUCUGUCGCCUAGACUACGCAGUGCUUGGUCUGGGGGACUCCUCUUAUGCCAAGUUCAACUUUGUUGCUAAGAAGCUUCAUAAGCGGUUGCAGCAGCUGGGUGCGAGUGCGCUCCUCCCUGUUGGCCUGGCUGACGAUCAGCAUGAGCUGGGGCCAGAUGCAGUGAUUGACCCCUGGCUGGUUUUGUUCUGGCAGAAGACUCUGUCUUUAUACCCACUGCCUGCUGGCGUGAGUCCCCUUGGCGACCAGGAUCCGCUUCCUCCUCGCUAUGUUUUCCAUUUCCUUGAUGAGAUCACAGAGAAGUUGGCUGAGCAGCCCCUCCCACCUGACGACCAUGCCCUGCCCUCUUCAACGCACCCCUUUCCAGCGCGAGUGGUGUCCAAUCAGAGAGUAACAGACCCUUCUCAUUUCCAGGAUGUGAGACAUAUUGAGUUUGACAUCACAGGCUCGAAAAUCCAGUACAGUGCAGGCGAUGUUGUGAUGAUACGACCGUGUAAUUCUCCAGAAGACGUGGAGCACUUUUGCCAGCUACUGAGACUCGAUCCUGACCGCUACUUCACACUCACUCCUACUGAUGGCAGCACAGCGCCUGUCCCUGUGCGCCUGCCCCAGCCCUGUGCUGUCCGCUACCUGGUGGAGCGCUACUUGGACGUGGCCGCUGUGCCGCGGCGAUCCUUCUUCGAGCUGCUCGCCUCGUUUGCCACCGACGAGAUGGAACGGGGCAAGCUCGCGGAGCUGAGCUCGCCACAGGGCCAGGACGAGCUGCACAGCUACUGCAACAGACCCCGCCGCAUGGCCCUGGAGGUUCUCGCUGACUUCCCUCAUACGACAGCUGAGCUGAACGUGAACUACCUGCUGGAUUUGAUCCCUGAAAUCCAGCCUCGCUCCUUCUCCAUUGCGUCUUCCCUCUUGGCUCACCAUAACCGCAUCCAGAUCCUGGUGGCCGUGGUGAAGUAUAAAACCCGACUUCAUAAGGCACGGAAAGGCUUGUGCUCUUCUUGGCUGGCAUCUCUGGACCCUUCUCAGGGUGAGGUCUGUGUGCCCUUAUGGGUGAAGAAGGGUGGUCUGAAGUUUCCCCAGGACCCACACACACCUGUGAUAAUGGUGGGGCCGGGAACAGGGGUCGCCCCUUUCAGAGCUGCCAUACAGGAGAGAAUUGCUCAGGGUAAAACAGCUAACCUGUUGUUCUUCGGUUGCCGGUCUGAGACGAAAGAUUUCUACUGCCGCACAGAGUGGGAGGAGAAGGUUCAAGCUGGUCACAUGACCCUGUUCACUGCAUUCUCUAGAGAUCAGGAGGACAAAAUCUAUGUUCAGCACAGAGUAAAGGAACAGGCCAAACUUUUAUGGGACAUGAUUGCAAACAGGAAUGCAGUCUUCUACAUAGCGGGGAAUGCCAAGCAGAUGCCUGCAGCAGUGUGUGAUGCGCUGAAGGAGGUUUUCAAGCAGGAAGGAGGCAUGACUGAGAGCCAGGCCCAGGAAAUGCUCAACAGCAUGGAGAAGACAGGUCUCUUCCAGAGCGAGACCUGGUCCUGAUCAGCCUCUGUACACGCAGUGAGAGACCUGGUCCUGAUCAGCCUCUGUGCACGGACUGAGAGACCCGGUCCUGAUCAGCCUCUGUACACGUAGUGUACAGUCAGUUCAUACUUAUUCCCAGGUUGGGCCUUUAGUACCAAAGGUAGACAUAACACAAGUCAUGGGUGUGCUAGUGCUGUGUGUAGUUGUCCAAUCUAAUGCAACUAAUGAUUUAAAUACACACACAGAAUUCAGAUGGGCUCCGUGUGACUUGAAAGAAAAGAAGAAAGACUUCCAACCUUUGCCUUACGAGUGCACAUCUACUUGUGCUGUAUUAUUAAGACCUACGACUCUGGGUACUGAGUGGUGUAGAUUAGAGUAGAAUUUAGGUACUGCUAAUUCUACAUGGCACUAUGGAGGGACCAAGUGACGCAAAAUCAAGUUUAUAUGUAUAAGCUGCACUGUUAUAAUGUAUAAUAAUGCAUUAAUAACAAUAAUACAUGAAUACAAUAAUGUAGAAACUGUUAUACAACUACAGUGAAUUAAGCCUUAAAUAAAUCCAUAAACUAAU